AUCAUCUAAUCGUCAACACAUCAUAAUACCCAAAUAGUGGAAGUUCAGGUAUCUGACUCAGAGACGCCAAGUCCACUUGCUACUCACCGCAUGUUGCAAGUUCCGUCAGGAAGUCCAUGGGAGUACCCCUGUUUUUCGCUUUUAGUAUUACUAAGGUGCAAAAUUGUGUCAAAAACACCACAACGUGGUGUUACCAACCUAUCUAAAACACAGUUUUGUUGAUAUUUCAGUCUAUAUUUGAUCUCAGCGAUUUCGAUACAUCUACUUUAUAUUCUUCUAGACCUUUAGUCGUAUUCGACUCCCCACUGCAGCCCUUCAAUUAUCAGUAUGAGCAUCUCAUCAUCAGCAUCAGAGAAGCGCCUAAGGUCUGCAUGUGACCGCUGCCGCUCCCAAAAACUGAGAUGCCCACAUUCGGUCAGAUUCGAUGACGACGAGAGGCUGUGUAGCAGACCGUGUGCUCGGUGCGUUAGAGCUGGUGCUUUGUGCAUUUUCAGCGAACGGUGUAAGAGCGGUCGUCCAACCAAAGCAUCCGUCAAUGCGGCAAGACAACGAGCAUCCCAGACAGUCGAUGGAUCCAUUCUUGGCGAUGGUCCGCCUACAGAAAACCUCGAGCCACAGUUCACUGAGGAAGACCUGGCACAAUUUGAGCUCGACAUCACGAUGUUGGAUGCUAUGUCGCAGACCAAUACAGACAGUCGUGCCUCAUCCACUAAUACAGACUACUCAUCGCUUGUAAGCACUACCAGGACGACCCCUCUGGAAUAUAGCGCCAUGAAUACAGAGCCUCUGUUAUUUCAUCACGACCAAGAAAAUGAGAUGGGAAUGGCUAUGUGGCCAUCGCUUCCAGAAACACCCAAAUCUGGAACAGUUCCACAGCGAUUGGAGAACCUCAACAUCUUGUCGCUAGGGUCCUCAAGGGUGCUAGCAGAUGGUUCUAGUUUCUCUGAUAAAAGAGAAAUUGUGUCAUCUCAAUCUUUCCACUCGACUUACUUCCCAAAACUCUCCGAACUUGGACUGAAGAUUUUUUUCUCUUCAAGGAGAUACCAGUCGACUGUUGCCGCCAAUCAAGACCAGACUACAUACACAAGCCAGGUCGUGGAGGAUCUAGUCAAUCUUUCAGGAGAACUGAUAAACCUGCUACGUCAGUGUCUGCCUUCUCUAGUACUAUUCAGUGGGUGUUUAGGCGAGAUCUCCUCGUCCAUUCGUUCUCGUAGAGAUUCGAACGAACAACAGAAGGAUACAGUAACACAAUCCAGCUCAAGCAUCCAAUCAUCUGGUGUAUUGUUCCUCUUACUCGGAUGCUACACACAAAUACUGGACUUCUUCGAUGCAGUCUUGAGGGAUCUAGCCCGGAAACCACCUGCUGAUCAAAAUGAGAUGUUGACACGAACCAAACAGUCAUUAAAUGCCUCUUUGAUCAAGCACACGAUUGAUUAUUUCUUUUCUCAAAUCUGUAAAGAUCUCUCUGCUUGCGAUCAGGCCCAAUCUGGCGCAAUACAACUUGAGCUUGUGCAAGACAAGAGUGACUGUACGAAGCCUUUUGGGUUAGGUAGUUGGAGGAACAUCUUCCUCUCCGAAAAGCCCGUCGACAAAAGUCUCUUAGGUCAUGCAUUUGACGAGAUCCAACAGCGGGAAAGGGCUCUCCAUGAAAGAACAAGAAAGCUUCAACGUUUGAUUGACAAUCAUCAGUAGACUUAGAAGGCGUCUUUAGCCCUUAGCCUUAUCCUGUAAUAGAACAGCCUGUAAAUUAACACGACUAUAAAAACCACUGUUGUUAUAAAGCAACAAUAUUAGCAUUUAGAAGUGAACAUUUUGAUUAUAAGACGGU